GGUUUAGUUCGCAGUCACAGCAGUAGCAGAGCAGCCACAGAAGCAGGAGCAGCAGCAGGAGCCACAGAAGCAGCAGCAGCAGCAGAGAGCAUGACGGACGUGAAUCUUGAAACAGUUGGAGCGAACAAGUUGGUGAACGCGCGCACCGGGGAGGUCGUGUCAUUGGCGUCCCUGUGGCAAGGCCCUCAGCCCGUGGUCAUCACGUUCCUGCGUCGCUUUGGCUGCGCCGUGUGCCGCUGGUGCGCCCGAGAGCUCUCCACCGGCAUGGCGCGUGCCAACCUGCCGGCCGGAGCGGUACGUUUGGUCGCCGUUGCAUCUGAGCGGGUCGGGCUGCAGGAGUUCCUGGAUGGAAAUUUCUUCAGCGGUGGUGACUUGUUUAUUGAUGAUAAGAAGCAGUGCUACAAUGAUCUGGGCUUCAAGAGGUACAAUGCACUGUCAAUAAUUCCGGUGGCUUUGGGUAAGAAAGUCCGGGACAUUGUAGCCAAGGCUGUAGAAGAUGGGGUGUCUGGAAAUCUGUCUGGGGAUUUGCUGCAAACUGGAGGCUGCCUCAUUGUCAGCGCAGGUGGGGAGAAGGUGUUGCUGUGCUUCCGGCAGGACUCGCCGGGUGAUUUUGUCCCGGUGGAGACGGUGUUGGAAGUUCUCGGUUUCCAAUCGGUGACAAAAGCACAAGAAAAUGCGCCACAACCGGAGUGCAGGGACGUCUGCUCCAGUUAAAUGCCGUGACAUCGUCCUGCGUCUCGCAUUGCCUUUACAUUUCCCACGUGCUCGCACAAAUGUGACUCCUGCCGGACCGAAGAAAAGUAUCGCUGCUGUGACACUCUAGCAAACACCAACACUUCAACGGUGGCUAAUUGCCAUGAGUCGUGCAUGUAGGGACGUUAACAAUAGCAGUAAUACUUAACAGCCAAUUGUCUAUGCACCGCGAGGUGCAAAACUUCCCCGCGCUAUAUCCAUUCAGUGGUUGUUGACCACUUCACCUCGCUGGUUGGGGGAGGGGGGGGGGGCCCAGGGUGGAAUCGGCUGUCACCUCUUCCAUCGCUCCAUCCACGUUGCGAUAUUGGAGAUUAGAAAACAAGAGAGACUCUUUGCGUGCACUUUUCUGCGCUUAGCAGGUCAAGGUGCAAACGUAUACGUUUACAGGAACAAUUCAGCGAGCAUUUGUGAAGUCGAACACGUGCAGGCGCGCAAACCUACUCGACUGAAGGCCUUGGUUUCUCCCCUCAGUCAUGAUGGGAUCGAGCUUUGUAAAUGGCAGUUACUGUUAAAUUAAUCGAAUAAAGCAAUGAUUUUGAAAGGCA